AUAUACCCUACAGCUGGUGGCUGCGGACACCAAACGGAGUGAAAGGGCUAAGAAAGUGAUGACGGCUUGAUGUAGAGGGGUUGUGUUUUUUUAAGCGAAGGCUCGAGAGUUGGUAGAGUGUUUUAAAGAGUGGCACACCAAAGAUUUUCAGAAACAAAACAUUCAAAAUGCUCUGCCACGUUACUCGUCCGGAUUCGGUGGUGAUGGAAGUGGAAGUUGAUGCGAAGGCGAACGGUGAAGAUUGCCUCAACAAGGUUUGCAGAAAGUUGGGCAUAAUCGAAGUAGACUACUUUGGGCUGCAGUUCACAGGCAGCAAAGGAGAAAACCUGUGGCUGAAUCUGAGGAACCGCAUCAGCCAGCAGAUGGAUAAUUUGACACCCUGUCGGCUCAGGCUGCGGGUCAAGUUCUUCGUGGAGCCCCAUCUGAUUCUGCAGGAGCAGACGAGACACAUUUUCUUUACGCACGUGAAGGAGGACCUCCAUAACGGUCACCUGCGUAUGGGCUCGGAGCAAGCCGAGGAGCUGAGUGCACUCCUGGCACAGGCGGAGUUUGGCGACUACAACCAAAACACAGCCCAGUACUGGUAUUCAGAGCUGUGUGGAGAAGAGCCCAGCCCCGCCACCAUCGACAGUAUCAUUUCCAGACACAAAACUCUAGAAGGUCUGAGCCAGGGCUCAGUGGAGUAUCAGGCCCUGCAGCUGGUCUCCUCUCUGGAGCAUUACGGCGUGGAGUGGCACUGGGCUCGCGACGCAGACGGUCAGAGGAUGGCAAUAGGAGUUGGUCCUGAAGGCAUCGCUAUUUGCAAGGAGGAUUUCAGCUUGGUCAACAGGAUAAGCUAUCCAAUCAUUCAGAUCGCCACCCAGUCGGGGAAAAGUGUCUACCUGACAGUUACCAAGGACACGAAUGACAGCGUUGUGCUUCUGUUUAAGCUGAUCAGUAACCGGGCAGCCAGCGGCUUGUACCGAGCCAUCACAGAGACGCAUGCUUUCUACAGGUGUGACACAGUUACCAAUGCAGUGAUGAUGCAGUACAGCAGAGACUUCAAGGGCCACCUCGCCUCACUCUUCCUCAACGAAAACAUCAACCUGGGCAAAAAGUACGUUUUUGACAUCCGACGUACCGCCAAGGAAGUGUACGACCACGCUCGGCGAGCGCUCUACAACUCUGGCGUGGUGGACCUGAUUUCCCGCUCUGAAAGCAGGGAUCGCUACUCCCCUUCACGCUCCCCAAGCAGGGACGGCGAGCAGGACAAGGGGCUGGACUGUGGCAGCUGCCAGCAAAGCCGCGCCCUGCAGGAACGUCUGCAGAAGCUCAGAGAGGCUCUGCUGUGCAUGCUCUGCUGCGAGGAGGAGAUAGAUGCUGCAUUCUGCCCCUGCGGCCAUAUGGUGUGCUGCCAGACCUGCGCAAAUCAGCUUGAGUUGUGUCCCGUGUGUCGAUCGGAGGUGGAGCACGUGCAGCACGUCUACCUGCCCACUUGCACCAGCCUCCUGAACCUGACGUUGACGGACAACCACCAGCACCGCAGCAAUAUUCCCGCGCCCAUCCACAGAGACACGGCCUCUCCUCACACCUGCUCCACCACAGAGUAUGAACACAAGCUCUACCACACAUAAAGACGGCACCACCAAGAACUCCACCGUGAACACUUUGAAGUUAUAACAGACAGAUUUCAUACAAAAGGAGGAACAUUUGCUUUUUCAUCAGCUUUUUUUCCCUUUUUCUGUCCCUGACUGAACUUCAGAAAUGACCAAAAAUAGAAACUCCUGAGCAUAUUUAAAGAUCUCCGCACUUAAACUACACUGAUUCUUUGUUUUUGAUGAUGUUCAGUUUGUCACUGGUUCAUUAGUAUUUUUUUUCCUUCCUUUUUGCUCUGUCAUUCUGUCCAAACAUUGUCUAUUUUAUUUUUUAAAAUAUCAUUAUGCCCUGCCACAGUAUCAUUUUUAUUAAGAUUAGGCUCUUAUUGUGAAUUAAAUUAUUGCAUCAGUUGACCUGAUACACAAUUAUGCUUUUGAACUUGUAUUUUGGUUGAAUGCUCCAUCGUGAGUAGCUCCUAGCCCUCCUAGACUGGCUAAAAACGGUAUUUAAUUGAGGGUGUUUUUGUUUUUUAAUAAUUAUUUUUGAAGCUUUGACAUUUUAAAACUUUUAUGUAAUGGCUUGAAAUGCAGUUAUUUUUUUUCUUAAUGUACAUUUUUUGUUUUUUAAUGCCAAUGAGGAGGUAUUUAGAGGUUUUGCAGCAUACUGCUUCUGAGUUUGGCACGCAUCGCACAAACUGCAGAAAGACUACCACAGUCUUCGUCUUGUUUUGAUCAGAACUGAAUCUUCCUGACACUCCACUCGGUUUCUUUCAUAGACCGCUCAAUCUUCACGAGUUUAUCUCUCGUCUGGACAGAGAUAAAAUUAAAAACACUAAAGACACAGACACAGAACGGUUGUAUCUAAAAAGAAUUGGCAUUUGUUGAACAGCAGCUGCUUCCUCUGAAAACCUCACCUGUAAACUUCCUCUCUCGGAUGUGCUAGUGAGUUUCGGUAUUUUAGGGUACUGGGACAUCGGUAUGUGCAAUACUUGCUUGCCAAGCUUUUCAUUUUCAGUUUUAUUUAAUUUCAAAGAAUAUUAAAACGAUGAGGAAAAACGCAUAUACACCAUUGUCACUUUACCAAGGAAGGUUUCCUCAAAUAUGCCUGGGCUUUGGCCUUAAUGUAGCAGCAAUGUGUUUAUCAUUAUUAUUAUUAUUAUUAUUAUUAUUAUUAUUAUUAUUAUUAUUAUUAUGCCAGCUUUCCAGAGUUUCUGCUAGGAAGAUGAAUCUUUUUGUCUACGCUGACCCAGCUAAGCUCAGUCACUGAAGGAGAAGGACUUUUAUUUUUCACAUUGUACAAGUAGUGAUUUGUUUCUGUUUUCUGAAGCAAAUGCCACUAUGCUCUGUUAAACGACUUGGAAUUAAACCCUUUUUUUAUAUAUUGUGCUUUAACAGAAAGUAUUAAUAAAGUUGGUUUUUUUUUAAAAAACUGAAUUGUCUGUAAAUUUGUGGCACAACCAUCACAGUUUCUGGCUUUUACACUUGACUGUCGACCAAGCUUAAGUAUACCUGUUGUGUAAUGUGCUGACUGACAUUAAGAACAAGGAACUAAGCUGUAGAAACCAGCAGGCUUGGUGUUUUCCCAUCUAAAGGCUGGUACUUCCUAAAAUGUUCCCAUGUGCAUAAUAAGACAAACCACAAGGAAAACUGCAUGGAAUGCUUUGUUCAUUGUUACUUUGAUCCUCUGCCUUCUGGUAAAUUCACCCGGUGUUUUCGUCCUUAAAGUGAUGACACCCCACGGGUGCAGUUCCUCAAGUGGCCACUUGAGGUUUGUUCCAAAAGUGAGCCGAAUCCCCUGUAGAAGCCAGUCACUCCUUGUUUGGUGCUAAUCCCAAACCAGGUCAAGUAAGGUGAUACGUUUUUUUGGAAGAUGCUCUAAGAAGUAACCAACCCUCAAAACUCAGGAGCUACUUUCAGAGAAAUAUAGUCAUCAGAUUGUCUGAUGACUGUAUUUUAUAUUUUGCAUAAUAAAGCAAUGUGGAUGUCCUUUAAAUCCAACCAAAGUUAAUGUCUGUCAUGACUGAAGAACUGCAGGACCAUGACUGUUCCUGAAUACUUGAGCCUGCUGUGUAUAUUGUACAGCGAAAGAUCAACCCAUCAUUUUCCAUGUUAAGGCAGGGAGAGAGGUGAAUAAAGCAGAGAGGCUUUACACUAAUUAGAAAUGACAGUCGCCACUGGACUGCGAUUAGUCUGGGAGUAAGAGUUUAAGUAGAGGAGAUAUUGAUUAGCCUUCCUCUUCCCUCUAACGCCUCUGUCUUUCUCUGACCUUCCCG